AUGCCAACCGUAGAAGCCUUGGCGCGAUUCACCAUGGCACAGCACAACGCCGCCAAGAACGACAGCCUACAGCCAGUCGGAAUUCUCGAUGUGUACCGCCCGAGCGCAGGCAAUGCCAGCACAUGCGGGGAGGAGUACCGUGUGUCAUUGGCGGCUCUCAACCUGCUGCGCGGCCGCACUACCGUAUUCAAUGCUCUCCUCUCCCACCCUCCUCUCGUGGCCGCGCGAUCCGCGCUCCCUGCUGCUGCCCUUCCAUUAACAGCAACAGCAGCAGCAACAGCAGCAACAGCUGAAAAUGGAGGAGGGGAGGGAGGAGGGGAGGGAUGGGAGUACACGUUGAAGUCGUUGGUGCAGCAGGCAGGGUCGGGGCAUGCGAGCACGCGGGAGGAGCAGGAGGCGGCGCUCAGGCACGUGGUGCCGGUUACCCCCCCUCCGUGUGGCAACAUGUUGAUUUACGUUGACCUGUCAGAUGCGGAUGUGCAGCGAGUGGCACGAGAGGCGGUGGCGAGUGCAUAUAAGAGACAGAUGAGUGAUGGGAUGGGAUAA